GGGCGGCCGGAUGUUGUAAAGUUUCAACGCAUCCUUCAGUAUGUCCUCCACAGCUACCAUCAGGAGGUGAAGAAAGUCAUAGAUGCGGCUCAAGGUAGCUGGGAGAGGUUCAAGGAGGGGAUGCAGAGGAAAUACCGCCGGGGAGACGGGUUGUUGACUACCACGAUCCUUGAAGACAUGAACAAAGAGGAUUUUACGACUAUAGGGGCCUUUGUUCAAGAAUUUAAGAAGAGGGCGCGAAAGGUCCAUGGGAUUUCGGAGGAAGCACAGUGCGCCAUCUUCCUAGGGCUACUCACAGCAUCGGAGACCGUCGAGUUGACGAGACAUGGAGGAGGUAGCACUAAGCUCACCUGGGCCACCAUUGACAGAGGGGUGGAAGUUGGGUGCUUGGACCAGGUGGAACAACGUCAGGUACGCCUGCAAAGGCAGAAGAGAAAGGAAAGAGAUGCGACCGCUUCUGGGACCCCGGGAGUAACAAGGAUUGUUACAGACGUAUUGGCACAACUAGGGUAUGCGACAGAGCCGGUGGUGCAAAGGAGGGUGGUGACGGCUGUCAGAGUAAAAGAAAAAGAGCCAGUGAUAGAGAAGGCUGGUCAGGAGGAGCUCUGGGAAGAGGAAGAGCCGGUGUCGCAGCACCUGACGAAGGUCCAGCGCAAAGAAGGGGAGGCGGUGGAGAAUAUGCCCCCAGUUGAUGGAUUUCUGGAUCAGGAAGAAGAUGUUCGUCUUCAUAUCAACAAAUGGUCGCCGCGACUGCCCAGCUGUGUAGGCUAUCCUAUCUGGGAAGCGCCAAAGGGGUAUGGAAGGAGGAAUGAGCUAGUCCUUAGGCCCUUUGAGGAAGAAGAUCCCUGGGGCGGAAAUGUGGACGAAGUACCCGAGAGCCAGGACGACGAGUUCGAGGAAGGAGAGAUUAAGGAGGCUUUUUGUGCAGAGGAGUACGACGGGAUCUACCUAGAACUGGGGUUUCUUCUGUCAUGUGAAAUGGGGCUAAGGGACGCAAGCGAUAUGGCUCAGAGGAUGCUGUGGCGCUACUUAGUGCGAGAUGACCACCUUUUCGUGAGAAGAGAAGUGGGGAAUCCCAGGAGGGUCAUCUGCGGUAGGAAUCGUCAGAUCGACGUCGUAGCAUCACUACACGAUGGCAUUGCAGGAGGGCAUCGAGGGGUACAAGCUACGUAUGCCAAGAUAAGUGAGCUGUAUUACUGGGAUGAAAUGAUGGACAUGGUCAAGAAAUUCUGUCGAUCCUGCGUGCCCUGCCAAGAGAGAUCCCGUUUAAGGCAGGGAGAGCCGCUGCAUCCAAGGUUAGAGCGAGAGGUAGGGGCCGUAGUGUAUUUCGAUCUGCUUUUUAUGCCGCUUGGGGAUCAGGGCUAUAACUAUAUCUUCGAUGCGCGCGAUAACAUGUCUGGGUUCGUAGACGGGCGUGCUAUUCGCACUAAGACCGGGUUAGUCUUAGUGAGCUGCAUCGAGGAAUAUUACCUGCGUUACCCUUUCGUCAGGGAAUUCGUAAUGGACAGGGGAUCGGAGUUUACCUGCCAGGAGGUGCAGGAAUUGUUAUCAAGGUAUGGUAUAGCAGCCAACUACACCACGACCGCGCACCCCCAGGCAAAUGCUCCCGUAGAGAGAGGGCAUAGUACCAUUACGAGUCUCCUGGCUAAGUGGACCGAAGGUAGGCCUAAUCAAUGGCCAAGAUACCUAAGGACGACGUUCUUUGUCGAGAACAUUACAAUAAAAAGAUCCACCAAGCACGCACCGGCGACAUUGUGGUAUGGAAGGCACGCCACCUUCCCUGUCGAGAGUUUUCUUAAGACAUGGAGGCGCCAGGAUCUGGAAGUUAACCUGUCAUUUGAAGAAUUGCUCGAUAUUCGAGCGCGGCAGAUAGGAGCAAUAAAAGAAAGGAUCCAGGAGGCGUCUGACCAGGUGACGAAAAGUCGUAUGGACGAUAAGGCUCGAUGGGAUCAAUCUGCGCGGGUGAGGAAGGUACCCUUGUCAGUUGGAGAUGUCGUGCUUCUCUACGAUUCAUCACUGGAGAAGCAAUGGUCCAGGAAGCUCGAUAAGAGGUGGUUAGGUCCCUACCGGAUCGUACGGGUCGAAGACUUCGGAGCAUAUCAGAUAGAGGAGCUAAAUGAGACUGAGUGGAAGGAUUGGGUAUCUGGAACGCGUCUGAAGAAAUUCGUGGCGAGAGAAGAGAGAUCGGAAGCAGCAGGAGCACUCCCAGGUCAGUCACCCAGUGCGCCAGCUAAGGCCCCGGAGAUUCCUGAGAUGUGGAGAGACUUCUGGAAGCAGAGAGGAGAGGAACUUCCAUCGCCAGUCAGAGCCGGGUUUGGGGUGGCCAGGAAGGCGGAAGAGAGGUUAGAUCGUAAAAUCAAGUUCCUGGCCAAGACCACUUUUGAACGGCACUUGUUAUUGGAGGGCGAUCUGACAGGGAAGAAGAUGAAGGAAGCAAGCCAUGGAGUACGCCUGGAGGCUAUGGAAGUGGAAAUUCAGGAACUCAGGGCCAUGGUGGCCAGCCAGGCAGCUAUCAUCGAGAGCCUGAGGCAGCAAGCCCAGGGAAGGGUGGACAGGCCAGAGAGCAGCAGGCAGGGAGAGCUGAGGCAGCCAGGACAGGGAUUGCCAGGACAGCCAUCUGCAGCAGAGCCUCGCCAGGAGCCACCUAUGGGGAGAGCUAUCCUGGAGCCAGAGGAGGCGAGAGCCCAGAGACAGGCAGAGAGAGAGGCGUUCGAGUUUAGAGCCCCUACUGAGCUCGCGACGCUGCUAGUGGCGGCGGCAGGCCCAGUCGUACCUUUGGCAGUAGAGGAGGGGCUGCCUCCAUCUAGCAGUGAGCCGGCUCAGGGCUUGGCAGAGGGAUCCAUGGGCGUGCUCCUUGAGGCGGUGCAUACUAUGCAGGAGGAGGUGAGUUUGUUUUCACCUGAGCAGAGGAUAGAGGAGCCUCUUGAGAGAGAGAUAGGGAUUGAGGCGGAGAGUGCCAUCGGGAGCAGGCUCCAGAGGAUGGGCACACCAUAGUAUGAACCAGAGGAGAUUGAGGAGCAGCCCAUGACAGUGCCAGGAGAGACACUCGAGAGGAGGCCUCCGAGGUUGGACACACCUGAGUACGUCCCGGUAACUGGGGAUUUGAGGAGCAGACUGGGGUUUAGGGCUACAGGAUCU